AUGUAUCUCAAAAAUGCAAUACAUAGUACCGAACAAUACCAGUAUAUUAUUUCAGCACUUCUCAAGCUAGGGUUCGACAUCAUUUCAGAAUGUUACAUUGUUGGGAAAACACUGAGAAACGUAAAGCAGAAGAGCUCGCCACACUCAUUACUCCACCACCAACCAUCCAUCUUACUGAUACUCCCACACGCUCCGCUACUUGUGUUCUUCCAGUUUGUAAAGGUCAUGGGCGUAUUGGAGGAAAGUUUGGAUUUCCACAUGAAUGGUGGGUUAGCUGGUGUAGCCGCUACUGUAGGCAGUGUGGCGACUUCUUUAGCUGCUAUCCAAAAGUUAUUGUUUGUACAGAUUGGCGUUGAAGCAACUGGAAUAAAAUGA